AUGCAAGAACGACCAAAUAUUGAAACAUUUAAAAAUUUUGUUGUUCCGGACAUUAUUGAUUAUGGUUUAAAUGGAAUCAACCCUGGGCAUAAAAGUGCAGCUGCGCACCAUCAUUUUGCUAAUAAAAAUAAUCAUUUUUAUCCUUGUUUGAUUGAAAGUGGAUUAACAAAUGAUAAUAAGGUUAGAUGUGAAGAUGAAUUGGAAUUACCAAAAAAAUACAAAUUAGGAAUUAUUAAUCUAGAUCUUUCCGAGAAAGAGAGACGCAUGGCUGUUCCUUUAUUAUUGGAAAAAAUAGAAAAAUAUAGACCUAAAAUUGCUUGUUUUAUUGGUAAAGUUGCAUUUGAAAGUUUUGAAAAGGUUUUAUUACUACAUCCAGAGAUGAAUCCAACACCACUACUAGAUUCUUUUUCUUAUCAACCUAUUAUACCCAUUCAAUGUUGA